AUGCACUUGAGUGGAUUUCUUCUUACCAUACGUUGUCGUAUCGCUGUCAAACAAAUCCACCAAUCUUCUUCUCCUAUAGUCUCCGUCCUUCGUCUUCCCUUCUUCCUUUUCGAUCUCUCUCUGUUUACCGGGAGACCAAUGGAGGACCUGUGGAAGCGUGCCAAGACCUUCGCCGAAGAGGCCGCGAAAAAGUCCCAAUCCCUCACCCCAUCCUCCUCCCGGAUCGCCGAUCUUGUUUCCGAAACCGCCAAGAAAUCCAAAGAACUCGCCGCCGAAGCCUCCAAGAAGGCCGACAUCCUCAAAUCCGCCGCGCUCCGCCAGGCUGACCAGAUCAAGUCCUUCUCUGACACCAUCGUCAUCCCCCCGCAGUUGGCCGCCAUUGCCUCCGCCGCCACUACCGCCUCACCGCCCGACGCGACGCCGCAAGACCUCGAGAAGUUCGGCGUCUCCGACGACCUCAGAUCCUUCGUCAAGGGCCUCACUUCGACCACCUUCGAGAACUUUCCUAUCAGUUCCGAUGAACCCGAGGGCUCCGAUGUGGCCACUGCGGGAUCCAAUGUUCGGAAGGAUCUCAAUGAGUUUCAGGAGAAGCAUGCAACUCUCGUUUUAACUACUGUUAAGGAAAUUUCAAGAUUGAGAUAUGAACUAUGUCCACGCAUCAUGAAAGAAAGACACUUUUGGAGGAUAUAUUUCACACUUGUCAAUACUCAUGUGGCUCCGUAUGAGAAGCAAUAUAUGGAGGAGGUUCAGCGUAGAGCAGCAGCAGUGCAGAAUGUGGAUACUAAGCUAGAACAAACCGCAGUUACUGGAGAAACUGGAAAGGCAGAAGCAACGGGGAAGAAUGUGAAGAGUAGAUCUUCUAACUCAUCCUCUAAUGAGCAAGACUUGGAUACAUUUCUUCUUGGAGAUCUUGAAGACAGUGAUGAAGCUCCAGAUGAUGGUGAGGGAAGUUUCGAUGAUGAUUUUGACAAGAUUGGCAAUUCUGAUGUUGAAGAGGAGAAGCAUGUGAAGAAAACUGCUUCUACAGUUUAG